AUGUGCACCGACACAGCGCUUCUUUCCGCCUCGAUCCGCGCGUUCGGCUUUGCUGUCUCUCUAUCGGUUUUCGUUCACGGGCUUCCCUUCUUUCUGUCGAUUUGUGCUGACUUGCCCCAGAUUUUCGUCAAGACCCUCACCGGUAAGACCAUUACUCUCGAGGUCGAGUCCUCGGACACCAUCGACAACGUCAAGUCGAAGAUCCAGGACAAGGAGGGCAUUCCCCCCGACCAGCAGCGUCUCAUCUUCGCCGGCAAGCAGCUCGAGGACGGCCGCACCCUCUCCGACUACAACAUCCAGAAGGAGUCGACCCUCCACCUCGUCCUCCGUCUCCGUGGUGGUUUCAUUGAGCCCUCGCUCAAGGUCCUUGCCUCCAAGUACAACUGCGACAAGCAGAUUUGCCGCAAGUGCUACGCUCGUCUCCCUCCCCGUGCCACCAACUGCCGCAAGAAGAAGUGUGGCCACACCUCCCAGCUCCGCCCCAAGAAGAAGCUCAAGAACUAA